AUGGCUUCUGCAUUUGUAGUCGCCAUUUUUGCUCUGGUGACGACGGCGGCGGCGGUUACCGACGGAUACACAAAUCAUACGGUUGGCGGCGACGCCGGUUGGCUAUUCAACUCUACCACGAAGAAAACCUCCGCCGACUAUAAAUCCUGGGCGGUCAAUCAGACCUUCAAUCUCGGAGAUUAUCUCAUAUUCAAUACAAACUCGAAUCAAACGGUGAUUCAGACUUACAAUGAAACGAUCUAUAAGAACUGUAACGACGAUGAUGCAUCAGAUAGCGAUGUGUUUGAAUACGACGGCGGAAGCGAUGUGUUCGGCGAAGUGAUGACGAUCGCUAUACCUUUGACGAUUGAAGGUUCUAAUUAUUACUUUUCUUAUCCUGGAGAUGAUUCAGUUCAAUGUGAGAAUGGUAUGGCGUUUGAGAUUGCCGUACAACAUGGACUUGGUCUUCCACCUAGCCUAAAUCAGCCGCCGCCGCCUCCUUACACUCCGCCGGCUUCUCCUUCUGACGCACAGUCGCCGACGACGGCGACGGCGACGACGAAUCAGAAAUCUGAGGGUUCUAAUUUGCGGCAAAUACUGGUUUAUUAUUAUUAUGCUCUUCUUCUGUUCUUUGGGAUCUUACUAUUGUAGGUUCCCAAAACCCACGAUUCUCUGAGUGAGUAUGACUCGGAAAACAAACUCGUCCUUCUCUUCUAAAACAUUUAUUCAUAUAUUUUUCUUUUCUUCUUAUUGCUCAAACUUUAUUUAUUGAGUUAAAAUGUUAUUCACUUGGGAGGGAACAAGAUAUCUUAUUAUGACUUGACAUCACGGAUAAAUAAAUUUUAUUUUUUGAUCUAAU